CCAGGCGUUUGCUCCAUCUUGUUGUUCCUACAGCGCGUGCUACCCUUCCAUGGUGCUACCCGGGGAGUUGUGCCUCAGGCUACAGUACAGGUGACGUGAUGCCUCAGAAUGGUACAAAAUAUGAAAGAAGAAGAGGAGAGACGCGUCACUACCCCUGUAAAGUCGGAGAUCAGGUUCCCGUCACAGGUUUGGUAAAUGGAGCUGUCACUCUCAAUGGCUGCCCAGCUGCUUCCACUAGAGAAAGUAAGAGUACACCAGUCUGCACACGGGACGAUAUCAAACCACAAUGCAUGGUCAAUGGUUAUAUUGACCAUGGGGACAAGGGCCAGCGCACAAAAGGCACGCCCCGAGGGACCCUGGGAAAACAUGAAAGCACAAUUUCAGCUGCCCCUGAUGCUUCAGCAGCUGUAAGGGUCCGCAGAGCAAGGCCUCCAGGUGGUCCGUCAGUGAAUGGGACCCCCAGUCUAGACUCUGUUGCUCCUCUCUGUAAUUCUCAACAAAUGGCACCACAACCCAACCUGUCAGCAAAGAAACGAAGAUGGAGGAAAUUCAGACAAAAGAAGAGAAACAUCCAUCCACAAGCGUUGCCCCCACAAGAGGAGGAAGACUGGGAAAGUCAGAUCAAAGAGGUCACACUGACUGGCUGGGACAACAUGUGUUUUGGCUUCAUGCCCUACGGUCCACAAGAUGUGAUCCAUUAUGAUUUACGGAAGUUGACAAUUAAGCAAACGGACCCAGUGGACCUGCCGGUGACAGCCAAGUACAGCCCGGCCGAGCUCCACCGACAGCCCGUCAAAUGGUGGAGCUUGAAGGUUCCCACUGAGGCCGGCCAGUUUGCAGAUGCUAAUGCAGAUGCUGAUGCUGAGUAAGCCAGAUGUUUGCUGUAAUGUUAGAUUAAUUUGUAAUUCUAUGUUCAUGUACCAAAAGUAACUGAGGCGUUCUGCCGUGAGUUAGCACUUGUUGUCAUUGUACAGAUUUGAGGGUCUUUGAGAGUACCCAUGGGUGGGAUAUUUAUUUUAGUGAGCAUCAGUUUUAUUUUCCCAAUCUUAAACAAUAGUGGAAGAAAUACAAUGUUAUGUUAUGCUACAAAAUCAAACAGAUUAAUGCUAUCUGAUUUCAAAGAUUGAAGUUUGGACCUAAGGUACGCAGUCAGGUCAUAGUUAUUUUUUUUAAAUUAGUUAGGCUUCUUUGAGUUUAGGGAUUCAUUUGAGAUAAACCAACAUACUAUCCUGUUUGUACCGCUUCUGUGAUCGUUGUUACAGAAACUAGUCCAAACUGAGAACACUGAGUUGAUGUGAAGUUGCUCUCUGGGAUAUCAAUUCUAUAGUUUUAUGAAUUGCAAGUUCAAGUACAUAAAGGUACAAUUUUAAUUUAAGUACUAAACCUAAGCAAGAAAUGACAGUAGCUUAUGUUACAAGAAACACAACAUUGUUCUUUAAGACUUUCAUUUGCACAAUAACAAUAAAUAAAAUGUUCUUCUACCUUCUGG